UACUGAUUGAUAACUUAAUUGUUUGCUGUAAUCUCAGUCCUGUUUCACUAUAACAAUGGCGGAAAGCGCUGCUGUCACAGAUUCUACAAAUGGAAAAGAUACGGAACAAUUUUUGGCUUCAGAAAACUAUUUCAAUACGAAUAGACCUGAGACAGUUAUACUAACGAAGGAAGAAACUCACUUGGACUACUUCGAUAGCUAUCGCGAAACAAAUAGUUCAUACGACGAAAAUGAUACAGGCGAUGAUGACGAGGAUCAUGAAGAUCCCUAUAUGGAACUGUUUAUGGACGCCUACCGUUCCGCGCCAGCAUCGUCUGACGAGGAAGAAGAUGAAAAACAAAACAAUAAUUCUAUCCAACCAGCGGCAAAGCCACUUUGCCUGAUGGAGGAUUUCGAUCUAUGGGAUUACAUGGACGAGAGUGAACUGCAGGAGCGAUUGAAAGACCAUCCACAACUUUUGGAGGUGAUAACUCGCAAACGCAAACGGAUGAUACUUGAGGAAGAAGGGUCAGCGACAUCAAACGAUGAACUGUGUGAUAUGAUGAACAGAACGAAAUGUUUUCGAAUCGAUCCAACCAGCUUGUCGAGCUAGAACGUUUCGUGAAAUGGUCACGUUGAUUAUAUAUAUAUUUUUUUUA